GACUAGAGGUUAUACACAUAUGCUGGAUGUGUGGGAUAUGUCAGAUGAUGAAUUCAUAGUUUUUGAGGUAGAUGCUUUGGGAAAUCCUAUUGGGUCAGAAGGAAAAACUCUUUUAAGUGCAAUUGGUAGCUUGAGUAAGUUCCAAUUUGUUCCUGAACUAUCUGAGCAAACCAAGAGAAUACUAAAGGAUAACAUGAGUAAUAAGUGGAGGCAAUUCAAGCAUGAUUUGAAAUCAAAGGCAUAUGAUGCAAGUAAGACUGAGGAAGAAAUGGUUGCCAACAUCCUAGACAAAAGGGUUGAUCCUUCUCAGUAUCGUGAUUUAGUACAUCAUUGGUGUUCUAAGAAAGGACAAGACAUAAGUAACAUGAAUAAAAGAAGUUGCUCAAAAUAUGAGGAUCUACAUUAUAUGGGUACCAAAAACAUCCCAAGGUUAAUUCAUGAGAAAAAAAAGGAAAAUGGAGUGCAACCCUCACGAGAUGAAUUAAAGAAGCAUAUGGUGGAGGUAGAAAGCUUAGGAGGAUCUCAAACUGCUCUUGAUUAUACAAAUUGGAAAAAUGACAUCUAUUCAAAAGUGAAAGGGCUUGAAAAAAGAGGACAUGUACGUUGUCUUGGCAAACUUCCACUUGCUAAAAGUUCAAAUACUGUAGCUCAAAGUUCUACUGCAGAACUUAGAAUUCAAAAAUUAGAGAAGGUACUUGGAAAUCUUGUUUCUUUUCUUCAAGCACGAUUUUCAAGAGUUCAAGAGAUUAAUGAUAUUAUAGAAGUUGUAGAUCAAGAGAUACCCGAUGUUGCAAGUAACAGAAACGAUUAUAAUAAUAGCAUUUAGUGAACUACAAGUGGUGGGUGUUAGGUGAUAUCGAUAAUGGUAAAAAAUUUGAGUUGAGAAACAUAAUCAUAUAAUUAUUUUUUGUAAUUUUAAGUGCAUUUUUAUUAUUUAUGACUG